CUCGCAGCCACCCGCGAACGCGAGCGCGCUCGACGGGCACAUCGCGGAGGCAGUCGCGACGAACGAGGACACGAUGAAGACGACGAAGACGACGGUCACCGGACGGACGAGAAGACGCACCGAACACGUUCACACCUCCAACGGCGGCGCGAGGAGGAGGCCGAACGCGAGCGCGCGGCGCGCGCGGCGGUGACCCGGUACAAGAACCGCUGGUUCGUGCUCCAGGCGGGCGUGGGCCAGAAGGAGGCGGAGCAGGGCGGGCUUCGGUUCACGGACGUGCCGUGGCCGGUGCUCGGGCAGCCGGAAGCGCCUGGGGACAUCGACGUGGAGAAGGUCGAGGCGUUCGUGCGCGCGGGGGGCAUGCCGGACAGGGUGCGGUGGCACCCGGAUCGCUUUGGGCGGCUGUGGGGGCGGGUGCGGGAGGAGGAGAGGGCGGAGAUCUCGAAGGGGGUGGUCACAGUGGCGAGGUGCUUGCUUGAGCUGAGUGAGAAGCUCUGA